CCUCACGUGACCAACACGCUCCCUCCCCCCUCCUCCUGGCUGUUUAUAGUCGCCGUCGGUCAGCUGAUGCUGCUGCAGCUUCCCAGUUGUUCCUAUGGGGAAGCAACCUAGGGAAAGUCACGAUGUGGGGAGGAGGAUGGUCUCUCCCGUCCGCGCGCACGCGCCCUUAGCGUUCGGAGGUAGCUUCCUCCAGGGCGCGUGGGAAGGCUAUGCUGGCGAACCCGCCUUCGAGGCAGCUGCCGGGUUGUAGAAGCCAGCUAUGGCAGCGGCUGAUUUGGUGCCUGAGUUAGAAGGGCAGGAGUCGCCUCUCCUCGGCCCCCCUGAUGCAAGCAGCAGAGACGAAGGUGUUGUGGAAACCCUCCACCAUUACAGAAGCCGGUGGAGAUCUAUCCGGAUAAUGUAUCUUACAAUGUUCUUCAGUAGCCUUGGUUUCUCUAUUGUCAUUAUGUCAAUAUGGCCCUAUCUCAAACAGGUGGAUAAAACUGCAGACGCAAGUUUCCUAGGCUGGAUUAUUGCUGUAUAUAGCAUUGGUCAAAUGAUAGCCUCUCCCUUCUUUGGCACGUGGUCUAACUACAGACCAAGAAGAGAGCCACUUAUAGUUUCAACUGGUAUUUCAGUGGCUGCUAAUUGCCUGUAUGCCUAUGUCCAUUUACCUGCUUCACACAACAAAUACUACAUGCUAGUUGCUCGAGCUCUUGUGGGGUUUGGUGCAGGAAAUGUAGCAGUAGUUCGAUCAUACAUUGCUGGUGCCACCUCCCUUAGUGAAAGAACUAGUGCCAUGGCAAAUACCAGUGCUUGCCAAGCACUGGGAUUCAUACUGGGACCAGUUUUUCAGGCCCUCUUUACUCUCAUUGGAGAAAAAGGAGUUACAUGGAAAAUCAUUCAACUUCAGCUGAAUAUGUACACAGCACCAGUUCUCUUUGGAGCUGCCCUAGGAAUUAUUAACAUAGUUCUGAUAUUGGUAAUAUUUAGAGAACAUGGAGUAGACGACGUGGGAAGACCAUGCAGAAGCAUUAAUUUUCAAGCGGAAGAAAAUGAUGAGGUGAGGCAAGAUAACGAAGGAAACAUUGACCACGUGGCUGUCGUAUCAACAAACAUUAUUUUCUUUGUCGUCUUAUUUGUGUUUGCGGUCUUUGAAACCAUAGCUACACCGUUGUCAAUGGAUAUGUAUUCCUGGACAAGGAAAAAAGCAGUGUUUAUCAAUGGACUAAUACUUGGUGCAAUUGGCAUUGAAUCAGUUAUUGUAUUUUUAGCAGUUAAAAUAAUUUCCAAAAAGACUGGUGAACGUGCUCUGCUAUAUGGAGGCCUGGUGAUUAUUUUGAUUGGAUUCUUUGUCUUAUUACCUUGGGGAAAGCAGUUACCCAAUAUCCAGUGGGAAGAUAUAAAGAAUCAUUCUGUUCCAUUUGUGACCUUCAGUGAAAGCUUUACAUCUUUCAGGACACUGGAAACUCUAUCCAAUAAUAGUUCUGAAGCAACAGGAUGUCCUGUUGUACAAUCUUGGUGUUUCUAUACCCCAGUAAUCCAUUUGGGCCAGUACAUCACUACUGACAUCCUAAUAGGGCUAGGAUACCCAAUCUGUAAUGUCAUGUCAUAUACUCUAUAUUCAAAAAUCUUAGGACCAAAGCCUCAGGGUAUCUACAUGGGCUGGCUAACAGCCUCUGGAAGUGGCGCACGCAUAGUUGGUCCAGUGUUUGUCAGCCAACUCUACACUCGCCAGGGACCCCGCUGGGCAUUCGGCCUAAUCUGUGGAAUUGUUGUUCUCUCUCUCAUAUUCUUAGAAGUAGUGUACAAGAGACUCGUUUCAUUUUCUGUCAGAUAUGGGAGGCUAUUGGAACAGAUUGAGUAAUUUCUGGCCAAAUGACCUGUUGUGGCUAGUCUGUGUCAUUGCUACUAUCCAAGGAACGAUUGUGCUGUACCUUUCAUUGGCCAGUGUGCCCUGUAGAAAUGGCAUAUCCUAUUACUGAUCCUAUAUCCUACUACUACUGAAAAGACUUAUCACUGGUAUAAAACUGGGCAAGUUUUGUUGCAUAUUAAUCACAGCAGCCUAACAGUGAUGGUACAUAUAAUUGCAAGUGAUUUCACCAGCCCUAACUCUACUUACUGUUUUGGUAUAACUUUUUAAAUGCCUUGAUUCUGUGAAUCAGGUUUUAUUGAAAGUGUUUUUCAAACUCAAUUUGAAAGAGCUGUGUGUGAUGCACUUUUACAAUUGCUACCUCUUCUAAAUUUUAUGAAUGCUUCUUAAGAUUCAGCAUGAGCUAAUACAGUAAAUAAAAUAUCUUGAAAAAUAUAAUUGUAACUGGUGUUAAUCUGUAAAUACAAAGAAUGCUUUAUACAAAAACAGUUCAGGUAGGAGUGAAUUUUUAAUAUUUGAGAAUGGAGUUCUGCUUCAUGUAGUACUUCCUAAUCAGCAGCAACUACUACUACAAAUAUUUAUAUACUGCUUUUUGUCAUGUGGCAUUCCUCUCCCAGAUCUUGUGUUUUAUGUUCCUGACUGGUUCAUCUGCAACCACUGAGAGGCAGAUUCAGACUGCUGAAGCCCAAUAAUUGCGAAUAACCACACUGUCAAAAUCCUGGUGCUCAUAUGGUAAAGGACAAGCCUGUUGAUGCAAAUAAUGUAGAGGACUAAUCUUGCCUUUGACAUACAUAGAAAACGCUCAGAUAAAAUUUUGCAGAGUAGAAAUAAAAUAAGUAAGGUUGCACCUACCUGUAACUGCUGUGCCAUUCUUCAGGUGUUGUCUGUGCAGCCAUACUUACAGGUAUUCUGUAGGAAUUGUGGCCCCUCCCCUGCCUGUCAGUAUGAACUAGCUUGUAACAGCUGAAUAUAUGGGAGGGGCCUCCACUCCUUACUUCUCAGAUCUGGACUGUGAUCCGUUGAUUCCAUAAGGAAAUGGGUUCUGCGCCUGCGCAGGUACCUCACGGACCAACUAAGCAGAUCCUCGCAACGCCCAACCACCCUCACGCACUUCCUGAGUCUGUUAUAUUGAGCAGUUGGGCGUCGUCCUAUCAGUUUCUGUUUGACCGCUGUAACGUUCAGACUUUGUUUGGGCUCCUCAGUAGCAGACACAUUGUAUUACUUCAGAUUUAUUGGCUAGGAACUUAGGACUGUAAAUGGAAUAGAUUUGGUUAUCAGACUUGGUUAGUUGACAGAUUUCCUUGUCUACCUGAUAUUCUUGACCUUCUGAACGUUUUUUCAUGGAUUGAGAUCGCAUAACGGACUAAUUUGUUAACUGAUUGGACUGCCCUUCGGAUACUGACUUCGGACUGCUCAUGGAUCGUCUCAUAAUGGGAGCCAAGAAGACUUUUAAACGUUGUGUAAAGUGCCGCGCUAAGUUACCAUCUACCGAUUAUCACGCAGCUUGCCUAUUGUGCCUGGGAGAGGAGCACAAUACGACAGCCUGCAAAAUUUGCUGCUCAUUUUCUAAGCAGACCAGGACAAAUAGAGCUUUACGCCUGAGAGCAGCAUUGUAUGACGAAGCGCUUCGUCCCCCUACGCCUCGCCUGAGCCCCACCAUUGACAUCAACGGGAAGCGGCUCAAUGGGAUGGAUCGGCGUCGGCAUCGAGAUCGAAGCAGCAUGGAUCUGAAAAGACUCAGUCUAAAACCGUGCCUGCGAGCGACAUGUUUAAAAAACCUAAGACGGUCGCCUUGAAGGAAAUUAAACACACUAGCAAAAAGCAGCAUCAUAGCUCCGAUGGACAUCGAGCUACAAUAAGUCAAGACACCCUCCAGAGCGCCUUCUCUGUCAUGAAUACUGCUGCUUACUGAGAUCUCAUGGGGAGGUUCGAUUACGGCUGCCACCAGCUCAUUUGGUAAUGACGCAGGACUGGGCCUUCCCUGAGACUGCUUUGGAAUGUGCUUCCUGUUGAUAUAAGAGCUUCUCCAUCUCUGGUUGCCUUAAAAAAAAAAAAGCACUUAAGACACACCUGUUUUCUCAGGCCUUUUGCUAUGCUAUUCUUUAAAAUAAUAACAUAAAAUAUAUUUGUAAAAAUUAUUUUUUAAAUUUAUGAUUUUAAAAUUGUGUUUACACCACCUUGAGAUUCAGGUGUUAGGCAGUUUAUAAAUUUAUGUAUUUAUUUCAUUGAAUCUAUAUACUGCCUAAUAUAGAAGUCUCUAGGCGGUGUAUAGAAUUAAAACAUAAUAUAAAAUAUAAAACAUUUAAAAUACUUUAAAAGAUAAAUAAAUACACAUUAAAAUUUUAAAAAUUUAGUUUGUUAAAAGCCUGAGAAAACAGGUACAUCUUCAGGGUCCUCCUAAAAACAAACAGAGAAGGAGAUGCUCUUAUUGCAGCAGGGAGCACAGUCCAAAGCCCUGGGGCAGCCACAGAGAAAGCAAAUGAGUUGGCGGCAACCAUAACUGGACUUCUCCAGAUGAUCUUAAUAGGUGACAGGGUCAGUGACAGAGAAGGCAGUCUCAAGUACCCUGGACCUCAGCCGUUAAAGGCUUUAUAAAUGAUAACCAGUACUUUGUAUUUCGUUCGGAAACAUAUCGGCAGCCAGUGCAAUUCUUUCAGAAUCAGUGUUAUAUGGUCCCUUUGGGUAAACCCAGAGACCCAAAUGGCUGCCGCAUUCUAUACCAAUUGUAGUUUCCGAACUACGUACAAAGGCAGCCCCAUGUAGUGUGCAUUACAGGAGAUCCAGGAGCACUCCCAGACAACAAAUCUGAUCUUUUAGGGGGAGUGUAACCCCAUCCAGAACAGGCAGAUCUAAACCAUCUCCUGGAUCCUGACCCACUAUGGACAGUUCCUCCAUCUUGUUUGGAUUCGACUUUAGCCUGUUAUCCCUCAUCCAGCUCAAUAUCACCUCCAGGCAGGCACUUGUGGUCAUGCCAUUUCCUGAUGAAGUUGGUAUGGAGAAAUAGAUCUGGGUGUCAUCAGCAUAUUGAUAGCAUCCCAGUCCAAACUUCUUGAUGAUCUCUCCCAGCGGUUUCAUGUAGAUGUUAAAAAACAUUGGAGACAGCAUGGAGCCUUGUGGAACCCCACACUUUAGCUCUUGCUUUUCAGAGCAACAAUCUCCAAGUGACACCAUCUGGAAUCUGCCAUAGAGGUAGGAACAGAACCACUAUAAAAUAGUGCUACCCAAUCUCACCUCCUUCAAGAAUGGUAUUGAAAGCCGCUGAGAGAUCCAAAAGGAUCUGCAAAGUCACAGUCCCUCUAUCGGUUGCCAACUGGAGAUCAUCUAUCAGGCCGACCAAACCAGUCUCAACCCCAUAUCCCACCCGAAAGCCAGUCUGGAAAGGAUCUAAAUAAUCUGUUAUCCAAAACUGCCUGGAGCUGAGAAGCCACCACUCAAUCAUCCUGCCCAACCAAGGAAGAUUAGAGAUAGGUCUGUAAUUAACUAAGUCUGAUAAUGUAAUAAAUAACCUCUUAAGCUUAUCUUUAGCCUGCUUUUCGUUGCUCCUUUUUUAGGAUAACUGCUUGAAUCUGGUCUCUAACAAAUUUAUUAUUAGUAUGUCUGCUAGCUAACUAAUCUUUCUUUCACUUAGCCCCUGUAUUAAUUAGGCUUCUUCUAGGAUCUUUGGGUUUUGAAAGCAUCAACUAUGUGGCUGGCUUCCUAUAUAACAACUUCCUCUAUUCCCAGUAAGUGGAGGAUGGGGCAUUGUGAUGCAUCCAAGGGGCAAAGGAAUCCCACCUGGAAGGUUAAUGAUACUAUGGAUUAUAAUUAUUUUGAUGCCAUGAACCUCUUGAAAAAACUGUUUCCUUGGUUGGCCAUUCAGAAUUGCUGAAAAUCUAUUGACUCAGUGCACUAUGAUUCCUCUGAUGGAUUUGUUACAUCUGAUAUCCCCAACUUGGACAGUCUCUUGAGUGUAAUGAGAUUGUUUCCUCAGCUCUUGGCUAAUUGACAAUGCAUCUGUUGUCUGCUUGAGUGCUUUGUCUUUUUGUCUGCUUGUACUUUGGGAUCUGUGCUGUUUAAGUU